AUGACAAACCUAUCCCAUGGGCAGGAAUAUAACAUGACAGUGUAUAGAGUCCUGAAUGGAAGUUGUAGUCAAGAAGCAUCCAUCAACAUAACGACAAGGCCUUCGUCGGUCCAGAACCUCACAAUAGAAAACCGCACAGCGCAUUCCCUGCAGAUUGGAUGGAAGCCACCCAGAGACCCUCAAAACCACACCUACACUUAUUGUGUCUGCUUGAUCAACUGCGCCAUUGACAAUGAAAGCCCGUUUCUUGCGGAAGGAUUGAAAGGAGGAACAAUGUACACAAUUGAAGUCAGGGCCAUUACCAAGAGCAACGUUUAUGGUGACACAAAGACCAUAAGUGUCAUGACAGCUCCCAACAGCCCUGAGAAUAUCACUGUAGAAAGUUACAGCUCUCAUCAACUUUCCAUGGCCUGGAACCCUCCCAAAGACCCGAAUGCGAAGGACUAUUCAUACGGAAUCAGUUGGUGGAGAGACGGCAGAACCCAAGUGGACAACCGAAUCAUUCCGGAUUCCCAUUACACCCUUUGCAAUUUGGAGCCAGGAGUUCUGUACCUGGUGAAGGUGACAUCAAAAUUAAAUGGGAUUUUGAGCACAGCCGCAGAGCAGUGGACUCUAACAUCUCCACUGCCCCCGGCCAAUUUCCGCAUCCAGAUGAUCAAUCAAACCACGGCUCAUUUUGCCUGGGUGAACCCGAACUCACCAUUCAGUGCCAUCCGACUCCAGUGGAGCCCUUCAGAAAAAUCCAGAGGAAAUGAAACAUACCCCAAGCCUUUGGACCAAGCUGUCCUGCAUGGUCUCACUCCCAGCACCAAUUACACCUUCACCAUCUUCAGCACAGCUGGAAAUGGUUCCCUAUCCAGAGAUAGCAUUGGCCUUCAGCAGCCUGGAGCCACAAAGCCAGAACAAGUAAGUGAUUUGACAUGUGUCCCUUCGAAAGAUAGCUGGAGUCUGAAAUUAUCCUGGACAUGUCCAGCAAGUGCUGUUAGUAAAAUUGUGGUCCUCGUGUCAGAUCAAGCUUGGAAAAAUGAGCCAAAUUGCAGUGAACCAGUGGUGAUUCAAGAACUUCGGCCUGCCAAAGUCUACCAAAUUAAAAUAAAAACAUUUUGGUACAACCAAUAUGCAGUCUCAGAUACUGUGGAGUGCACCAUUGGUACAGUGGCUCUCCUUGGAUCCCUUUUUGCAGUGCUGUUUCUGUUGGUCAUCCUUUGCUUCCUGUUCUUUUAUUUCAGGAGACCAAGAAUGACAGAUGUCUUGGAGGAGCAGAAUCCAGAUGUGAACUUACCUAGAGUCCUCGGUGCAGUACCCGUGUCGGCUUUCCCACAUCAUUGCUACGAGAAGCUGUCAGAUAGCGCCUUCAGCUUAGCUGUUGAAUACCAGCAACUGCAGGACACAGGAACAGACCAGCUCCAGAGUGUAGCCCAGCAGCAUGAAAAUCAAGCUAAGAAUCGCUAUAGCAACGUUCUGCCAUAUGACCAUGCACGAGUCCAGCUCACCCUCAAGCAAGAAGAUCCCCAUUCAGACUACAUCAAUGCCAGCUACAUGCCUGGCUACAAGAAGGAAAAGGAGUUCAUCGCAGCCCAGGGUCCGUUGCCUGCCACACUCCAUGACUUCUGGCGCAUGAUAUGGGAGCAUCGCAUCGCAAACAUAGUCAUGCUGACAAAUUGCGUUGAAAACGGACGGGUGAAAUGUGAACAUUACUGGCCCUUGGAUUAUACACCCUGCACCUAUGGUGAUAUUACUGUAUCAGUUAUCACAGAAACCAUCCUCCCUGACUGGACCAUCCGUGACUUGUGUAUCAAGCGGAUGACCAUGUCUGAUGUUCGUCAUGCUAGGCAUUAUCACUACACAUCAUGGCCAGAUCAUGGAGUCCCCCAAACCACAGACACCAUUCUUCGUUUCCGAUAUCUUGUCAGGGAGGACUUAGACAAAAUGAAGGAUAAUGGGCCAGUUCUGGUUCACUGCAGUGCUGGGGUGGGCCGGACAGGCACAUUUAUUUCUCUAGAUUCACUGCUGUGCCAAGCCCAGGACCAAGGAGAGAUCGGUGUCUUUUCAUUUGUUGAGAAAUUGAGAAGGAACCGUCCACUCAUGAUCCAGAAUGAGGAUCAGUAUGCCUUCUUGCACCAGUGUCUCCUGGAUGGGAUUCAGUCUGCUCCAAAGAACGACAGGGUGAUCCUGGAGCAUCCUGCUGUCUAUGAAAACAUCUUGGCUAUGCAGGACUAUGAGGUCUCCCGCAUGUGA